UGCCACGCAACGGCAACAUGGCAGACCGCGACGGGCAGCCUCGUCGCAAACGCGCCCGACUGGCAUGCACGGCAUGCAAUGCCCGUCGCGUCAAAUGCAAUGUUGUCGAAAGCCGACCUUGCCGCAAUUGCGUCGCUGCCAAUGCACCCUGCGAGACUCGAGAGUCAAGGCGCGGAAAACACCCUCGCAAACCACGAGUGACGGAGGAAACACCCGAAUUCAGAUCGCGCUUAGAUUCAAUCGUGAGUUUGGAGGAUGGCCCUGUAUCGUCGCUGCAUGUAACAACACUGCGCAACCACGAGGAAUUGGCAGCAUCUCAAGCCUUAGCCUCACUAUCAGGAUCUCACCAAGAAAUAGGACAGCAGCCUAUACCACAACGAUUGCCCGGCACCGUGGCUGGACAAACUGAUGCCGUGUCUGAAGUCCGGCAAGAACCUUCAGAAGCCGUACUCAAGCCAGACAGACACGAAGAUGAUGUUUUCCUGGGAGAGUCUACGUCUCUGAGAUAUGUUACCGAUGAAUCUGCGCCUACAAUUAGAGCAUACAAGCGUCCACGCCUGCGACAUUCUGUUCCUAGCGGCGCUCGUGCAGACUCGCUCAUUCCGCAGUGGGAGUCUGAGCGGAGACGCACCAGGAUGAAGAACCUCCACGAAGAUGGAGCGUUCACGUUCCCACCAGCUCCAAUACGGGAGAAGCUGCUAGGAGCCUAUUUCCGAUGGUUUCACCCCCACUUCCCUGUUGUAGAUGAACCGGAAAUAUGGUCUGUCCACAAAAGUGGCAGCAUGUCACCGCUACUACUCCAAGCAAUGCUCUUCAUUGGCGUAAUACACUGCGAGGAGUCGACACUUGAAGAGCUCGGAUGGGGCAACCGGCACCGAGCCAAAUACCAGCUUUACUCCAGAGCCAAGGAUAUCUACGACGCGGAGUACGAAACGAAGAAGCUCAUUGUUAUCCAAGCUCUGUUCCUGAUGAGCUUCUGGAGAGCUGGUGCAUUGCUGGAGAAAGACGUUCGGCAUUGGAUCGGUGCUGUGAUCAGUCUAGCUCAGACGAAGGCGUUUCAUCGCUCGGGUUCAGAAAAUGAAAAUCACUCGACGAGGCUUCGGAGGCGUAUUUGGUGGGCAAUUUACGUCCGCGAGCGGCAAUGUAGCUCUGCACUUGGACUCCCGAAUCGAAUACGAGACGACGAUUGCGAUGUUGAGAUGCUGUCUGAAGCAGACUUCGAGCUCGCUUUCGAUCCGUCUACAACAUCUACCAGCGUUACCAGAUACAAGGCUUACACAAUUGGCAUGACGCAGCUCGCCAUCCUGCUUGGAAAAGUGGUAGAUGCAGGGUACUUACCCAAUCGAACACUGUCCACAGACGACAGGAGUAGGAUCCGAGGGGAUUUGGAACAAUGGAAGCAACAACUAGGCUCAUCAAUAAAACUAUCCAGUGACGCAGACUCCAGUUUCCAGGCUAGCAUGCUUCAUCUAGCAUACAACAACCUGCACAUCCUCCUCCACCGGUCCGCAUUCAUUGCAGAAGAAUCGGACGCGGAAGCUGCAAAUUUCGCCUUGCAUGCAGCGGCUCGCAAUUCACGAAUAGUAGAAGACAUGCUCUCCGAAGGAACCAUGGGACAUGCUCAGAUUCACGUCAUUACGAACUUGUUCAAUACACUUUGCAUUCAUGUUGCGCAUCUGCGCAGGUCCAAUGGCAUCACGCAGACCAUUGCGGAACACCGAGCGAAGCUCUGUCUGCUUGGUCUGCAAGAGCUACAGCGAACAUGGGAGGUCACCAAUUGGGUGCUGCAACUGUUCUUUCAAUAUCUCGAUCGAACUACAGCGGCGCGACUUGCAAUGGAGGCAGACGAUGUGGGGAUAAUGAGUGCUGCAUCGAACACUCAACAUCUUAAUGUUGAUGUUGUGAGCGCUGCGCCUUCUCGCGGAGAAUCUCACGCCUUGGAACUCAGCGGAGCCGCUCCAGCGAAUUCACUGGCGCCGGGUGGAGAUCUUGACAAUGCUGUCACGCCGUGGUCCUGGACUACAGAUGAGGCAAAUCAGUACCUGUUCUCACAAAUUGAGAGUGACUUCGCGUUUGGAGAAGGCGGUAUGCUAGAUUGGAGCCCGGAAGCGGUGUCUCACUUUGCGGGAUUCGAUCAGUUCGCUUAACCCUUUUGAUAUUGUUUCCACAG